UGAAAUUUCCCGUGGCAUGGGGGUGCUUUUUCUUCUGUGAAAUUGACAACCACUUUCAUUUUCCUCUUCAAAGUCUCCUCUUCGGUCUUCUCUGUAGUCUUUUUCUUUAUUCUAGGAUCGCUACGAUUUUAAGCAAGGAUCGAUUUCACUCUCUGGGUCUGAAGUGGCGACCUAAAUCCCGGCGAUCUCUUCAUCGAAAGCUCCGGCGACCUCGAUCUUGGCCAGUACACUGUCCACGACACCUCCAACGGGCUCUAUUUUCAGUGACCAAGAAGACUCCUUUAGUAGUCUUUUUCUUGGGGUUUUUUCAAUGUCUGCUACGAAAUCCCAAGAAGCCUCUUCUUCGGCUUCUCCAUGUAGCUACCAUGUGUUCUUGAGCUUCAGGGGCGAGGAUACUCGCAAAACUUUCACUGAUCACCUCUACACAGCUUUGGACCAAGCCGGAUUUCGCACCUUCAGAGAUGAUGAUGGCAUAGAAAAAGGAGAAGAUAUCAAGUCUGAACUCGAGAAAGCAAUUCAAGAGUCCAGGAUUUCGAUAAUAGUCUUCUCGAAGAACUAUGCCUCGUCAAGUUGGUGCCUUGAAGAGCUUGUGAUGAUCCUCAAACGCAGGACUCUUGGACACGUAGUUCUACCAGUCUUCUAUGAUGUGGAUCCGUCUGAAGUGAGGAAGCAAAUCGGCAGUUUCAAAGAAGCAUUUACGAGGCAUGAAGAGAAGCUCGAAUCAGAAACAGGCGAACUGGUGAAAGAGAAAUUGAAGGAAAAGCUAGGAACAUGGAGGGCUGCGCUUACAGAAGUUGCAAAUGUGGCCGGGAUGAAUUUACAAAAUCAAGUUGAUAGACAUGAGGCAAGAUUUAUCAAGAAAAUUAUAAAAGUUGUUGGAGACAAGCUAAGUCGCACUUCAUUGCACAUUGCCCCCAACUUGGUUGGAAUGCAUUCACGAGUCAAAAACAUUCAGCUUUGGUUAGAAGAUGGGCUAAGUAAUGUUGGGUUAGUAUCAAUUUGUGGAAUGGGUGGAAUAGGCAAGACAACAACUGCAACAUUUCUUUACAAUUUGAACUUCUCUAGAUUUGAACGUAGCAGUUUUAUUGCAGAUGUUAGAGAAACUUCACAACACCAAGAUGGUUUGCUUCGUUUACAAACACAGUUUCUUAUAGACAUUUGUAAGACAAGGAAUGUGAAACUGAAUAAUAUUGCUGAAGGAACUGCUAUGAUUAAAGAUGCCAUAUGUGGCAAAAAAGUUUUUAUAGUUCUUGAUGACGUGGAUACACGUGACCAAUUAGAUGCAUUACUUGGAAUGCGAGGUUGGUUUUUUCCAGGAAGUAAAAUCAUCAUAACCACCAGGCGUGAGCGGUUGCUAAGGGCUUAUGAAUUCUAUAAGGUGCAUAGGCUUGAAAAUCUGAGUGACGAGGAAUCCUUGGAGCUCUUUAGCUGGCAUGCCUUUGGAAAAGGUUGUCCCAACAAUGGGUAUAAAGAGGUCUCAAAAAGGGUGGUAAGCUACUGUGGAGGGAUUCCAUUGGCAAUUAAAGUUCUAGGUUCUUCUCUAUCAGGGAAUUGCUUAAACGUAUGGAAAAGUCAGUUGGAAAAAUUGAAAGCGCUUCCCAACAGUCAAAUCCUUGAAAAACUCCGAAUAAGCUAUGACUCUUUACAAGAUGACCACGACAAGCUUCUAUUCCUCAAUCUUGCUUGCUUUUUCGUCGGAAGCGAUAAGGAUUCUAUAGUUACAAUCUUAGACGGAUGUGAAUUCUACGUAGUGGUUGGGAUUCAAAACCUCGUGGACAGAUGUCUGAUAUCGUUUGAUAAAAGUAAUACACUGGUAAUGCAUCAUUUGCUUCAACAAAUGGGAAGAGAAAUUGUUCGUCAAGAGUCACCAAAGGAUCCAGGCAAACGUAGCAUCCUCUGGAAUCAUAAGGAAGCAUUGAAUGUUUUGAGAGAAAACACUGGCACAAGCGAAAUAGAAGGCCUCAAACUCGAUAUGUGUCUAUUGAAAGAGGAAGCAUAUGAUUGUACGAUUUUUGGCGACAAUAGAAAACGUCGCUAUGAAGAGUUCCUUGGGAAGCCCUUAUUGUCAAAUUUGGGAGGUUCGCUUGAAAGAUAUUGUUUUAGUAUCUUCUCCUCUCACCUCGAACCCACUGUUCCACAAAAUUCAAAUCUAGUGGCUUUGGAAGCUGAUGCAUUUGCAGGGAUGAACAAACUUAAACUUUUGCAGCUCAAUCGUGUACAUAUUAGUGGGCCCUAUAAAAAAUUUCCCAAAGGAUUAAGAUGGUUGUGCUGGCGUGGAUUCCCACUUCAGUCCAUACCUAGUGAUUUCCCUUUGGAGAGCCUGGUUGCUCUUGACAUGCAAUAUAGCUGCUUAAAAAAUGUAUGGGAAGGAACCAAGCAUAUACGAUUUUUAAAAAUCCUCAAUCUAAGUCAUUCGUAUAGCCUUGCCAAAACUCCCGACGUUUCAGAACUCCCCAAUCUUGAGAAAAUGAUGCUUAAAAGUUGUACAAGUUUGGUUGAAGUUCAUGAAUCCAUUGGAAGCCUUGAGAGACUUGUUUUGUUAAAUUUGGAAGACUGCAAAAGUUUGAGGAAUCUUCCUAGAAGCAUUUGUAUGCUAAAACAUUUGGAAAUGCUUGUCAUCUCCGGUUGCUCAAAUCUCGACGGAUUGCCAACAAACAUGGGAAAUAUGGAGUCUCUAAAUGUGCUUAGGGCAGAUGGAAUUGCUUUAUAUCAAUCUGUCCCUACCAAUGGCUGGGUGAACGCAGUGCAAUCUUUCAUCUGGCCUUGGCGGUUGAAGCCAAGAGAAAGUCCGGAGAUUUCAUGGCCUUCUUUACCACGGUCAUUGGUAAAAUUAAGUCUUGCGGAAUGUAAUCUUUCGGAUGAUGAUUUUCCGAGAGACCUUAGCAACCUAUGCUCACUGAAGGAACUAAAUCUGUCAUCUAAUCAAUUUCUUAGCCUCCCAGAUUUCGUUAGAGGUCUUGCUAAGCUUGAGCACUUGGCAAUAAAAUAUUGCCCAAGGCUCCGCAAACUUUAUGACGUCCCCCAACUACCUGAUUUUGAUUUUGGAGAUAAUAUAUUGCUGGAGGAACUAACAUUUCAAAUAUCGCACCGUCCAACAACCACUUGUCAUUUGGACGCAUGCAACCAUCCAGAGACUCUGGGCUUUUUCAAAUUAGAAUCCAUAGGAAACGUUGAAGCUGAGAUCAUUAACAAUCUGGGCUUGUCGAACUUGCAAUCCAUGGGAAACCUAACUGUAAAGCUAAUGUCAUGGUUUGGCAUACAACAAACAGUGUCUCCCCCCCAGGUAUGUUAUGAAACACAUAUAAUUUAUGCUUAUAUUCCUGGUAACAAGGUGCCACCCUGGUUCAAUUUUAAGAAUCUAGGAUCUUCAAUUGAUUUUACUGUGCCUUCAUAUCUUAAUUUGAGGAUACGAGGCUUGAACGUGUGUUCAGUUUAUGAGCACUCUGGUGAUCCGCACUCUGGUGAUCCAAUACACUAUAAUGUACUUUGUAUAUUGAGUGACCAAAAACAUCAUGAACCACAUACUAUCAUAAGUAAUAGGACAAAGGGCUUGAUUUGGAGCCAUUGCCCACAAGUCUUUGGAACUGCUGCAGAAGAUGGUGAAGAUACGAUGUGGUUAAGUUAUUGGAAGUUUGGAAAUCAUUUGGAAAGCGGCGAUGAAGUCAAUAUUUCAGUGUCUGGAGGUGGAUUUGUGCAAGUAAAGGAGAUUGGAGUCCACCUUUUGUACAAGGAGGAACAAGAAGAGAUGAGCUCCCAAUCAGCCUAUGAAGAUAAAGGAUCCAAUCAAGUCUAUCAAUUUGGUAAUAUUGUUCCAGGAAAUGUUUCUGCACAUCAGCCGACCUCAAUAUUGCACCAACUCGGCAAUGAUUCUCGUCUUUGCGAGUAUUGUGAGAAUCUGUACCCUCCACCUUGGAUCCCUGUCUGUCCUAAUUCUUAUGAUUCUGAUUUGCAAUAUUGUUGGGCUUCAGCACUUACGGCGGGGAGGUCAUUUUAUGUUUCUCUAGACCCUGGGCGUUGAUUUAUUAAGCUUCUAACAGCUUGUAUCAACGAUCGAUAUUUCGUAGUUAAUCUGGAAAAAGUAUAUUUUACAUCU